UUCGGAGACAGACUACGUUGGCUAAAUUCUCUGCUCAAAUUUGACUCCAAGCCCACGUUUUGAAAGGAGAAAGAGGUUAGAAAGAUGGCGGGUCAUGGCCAGAGUCCGGGGCAUAUGAGCAUGAAUAUAAGGGCCUUUGAUUGGAAGGUUGGGCAGAUGAUAAUGGUGACCCUUUUAGUGAUGAUAGGUUCAUUUUACACCGGCACCCUUUUCGGCCGGAGCAGCAACGCGGGCAGCGGGGGCAAUGUCAAUUUCAACGAUGUCCCACUUGAAGAGCAGCUUCAAUCUUCCAAUACUACAGCAUUGCUGCCAUCCUCUGGAGGGCCUGAGUUCACAAAUAAAGUAACUCUUUCUUAUCGCACAAUACCACUUACCAUCCCAGAAACCGGGAUAAAUGUCUGCCCAAUAACAUUCAAUGAGUACAUUCCCUGCCAUGAUCCAGCAUAUGUUGAGGAAUUGUUGCCAAAAUUAGAUCUGUCAAGGAGAGAAGAGCUGGAAAGGCAUUGCCCUCCACUUAAUAGGCGCUUGUUUUGUUUGGUGCCUCCUCCUGCUGAUUACAAGCAACCCAUAAGGUGGCCAACCAGUAGGGACUAUGUUUGGCGAAGUAAUGUGAAUCAUACUCAUCUUGCUGAGGUGAAAGGGGGACAGAACUGGGUGCAUGAGAAGGAUCAAUUUUGGUGGUUUCCAGGUGGUGGUACUCAUUUUAAGCAUGGGGCUUCUGAGUACAUACAGAGGUUGGGAAAUAUGACUACAAAUUACACAGGUGACCUGCGUUCUGCAGGAGUAUAUCAGGUACUGGAUGUUGGCUGUGGUGUGGCUAGCUUUUCUGCCUAUCUUCUGCCCUUAAAUAUACAAACCAUGUCCUUUGCUCCCAAAGAUGGCCAUGAAAAUCAGAUCCAGUUUGCGUUGGAACGAGGAAUCGGUGCAAUGAUAUCUUCUUUAUCCACAAAACAGCUACCAUAUCCCACUAGCUCUUUUGAAAUGAUUCACUGUUCUAGAUGCCGGGUUGAUUGGCACGAGAAUGAUGGUAUUCUAAUCAAAGAGGUAAAUCGCCUGUUGAGAUCAAAUGGAUAUUUUGUCUAUUCAGCUCCUCCAGCUUAUAGAAAGGAUAAGGAUUUUCCAGUGAUUUGGGAUAAGUUGGUUAAUCUGACUUCUGCAAUGUGCUGGAAGCUCAUUGCUAGGGAAGUACAGACGGCAAUCUGGACGAAACCAGAUAAUGAUUCAUGCCUCCAGCACAAUGCACAGCUGAAGCUUGUUGACAUUUGCGAUCUCGAGGAUGCUUCUAAACCAUCUUGGAAUACACCUCUGAGGAACUGUAUAAGCCUGACUAACAGAGCGCAGAAACUUCCUCCUUUGCCACAACGCCUUUCACAAUAUUCUCAAACUCUUAGUGGGAUAGGCAUUGAUCAAGGAAAGUUUUUAGCAGACACACUAUAUUGGCAAGAUCAAGUUCGACAGUAUUGGAGAUUGAUGAAUAUUGAAGAGAACAAAAUACGCAAUGCCAUGGACACGAGUGCUUUUCUUGGUGGAUUCGCAGUUGCUAUGAGUACAUGGCCAAUCUGGGUGAUGAAUAUUGUUCCUUCAAGCAUGAAGAAUACCUUGCCUGCUAUUUAUGACCGUGGUCUAAUUGGUGCUUUCCAUGACUGGUGUGAGCCAUUUUCAACCUAUCCCCGUUCAUAUGACCUCUUGCAUGCCAACCGUCUUUUGUCUCACUACCAAAGUAGUGGAGAAGGUUGCUUAGUUGAGGACAUCAUACUAGAGAUGGACCGCAUUGUACGACCUGAGGGUAUCAUUAUUAUUAGAGAUGAAGAACCAAUUAUAUCACAAGUAAAAGAUCUUGCCCCGAAGUUUCUUUGGGACAUUGAAGUGCAUCUUUUGGAAGAUGAUCAGAAAAGACCAGAACCAGUUUUAUUCUGCCGGAAAAAGUUUUGGGCCAUUGUUUAAGUUGCAGAGCUUCGUAGCCGGUUGUUGUUCUGUUGUAACUACAUACAGAUCGAUUCCUGUACUAUAGAAAAAGUCAGACCAGACUUUUUUAGGUAAAAGUUAUCGUCAGAAUAGACUGUUUAUUGAUCAUUAGUAGAUUGAUUUUGUAAAUUCUUAGGUGCAGCUCUUUUUUCAUGGCACCGGGAGGAAGAUACAGAAAUCUCUGUUUUUUUCAUCAGAAUUGUAACUUUCGAAUGAAUUCUGUGGUUAGAAGCCUGUGUAGUAUCCAAACAAUUUUGUUCAUUGUUCAUUCAUACUGCUUUUUCUUCUUGUUUGAUGCUUGGAGCAUUUAAACAUAAAGGAGAAUUUAUUGUAUAUA